AUGGCGUGGCCCUGCAUCAGCCGCCUCUGCUGCUUGGCGCGGCGCUGGAACCAGCUGGACCGCUCGGACGUGGCGGUGCCUCUGACCCUGCACAACUACUCGGACCUCGAGAGCGAGCAGCUGGGCCCGGGCGGUGCCGCCUCGCGCACGGGCACGUCCCCCGCAGGCACCCGGGACCCCGGCCGGGACGUGCCGCUCACUCAGUACCAGCGGGACUUCGGCGCGUGGCCGGCACCCGCGAGGCCCAGAGAUGGGACCCAGGGGCGCAGGCCGGGGGCGGGCGGCCGCAGGAGCAAGUCCUCCGCAUCUCCUGUCCGGGGGAUCUACGUGCUCCCCAUCGGCGAUGCGGACGCGGCUGCAGCAGCAACCACGUCGUACAGACAGGAAUUCCAGGCGUGGACUGGGGUGAAGCCAUCAAGACCCACAAAGGCCAAACCCACCAGAGUCAUCACAACCCACAGCUCCAGAUGGGACGGCAGCCCCGGGGCCAGCUCCCAGGUCCCUGAGGUGAGGAAGAAGUUCGCUCCUAACCCCUCAGCCAUUUUUCAGGCUUCCGCUCCUCGGAUCCUCAACGUGUGACAGCCCAGCAGUGUGGAGUGCCACCAGGGGCCAGAACCUCCGGGGCGGGGCGAGGUCUCAGGGCCCGACCGCCCAUGGCGGUCAGCGGGGAAGGGUCCAUCUUUCUCACCGCCGGCGCCACUCCUCCCCGACCCAGCUGCCACCAGGCUGCAGGCCUGCGCAGAGCAGGGGCACGGAUGGACGCGGCACCGCCCCGCUCAACUCUGGGCCUCAACCACCCUCUUUUUCCUCAAGAAGUGUGUGGAAGGCUUCUGGUCUUUUUAAAUUGCCUUUUUUAGAGACCCUUCAGUUUUUAAACCUGAAGAACUUGAGGAUCAACUCUGUUGUGAACUGAACUGGUUGGUCCAGGGGGGCUGACGAAUAUGGACAGGACAGGACCUUGAAAGGACUGCUCCUGUCCACUUUGUCUUCCCAGGCGGCAUGGUGAUUUUAUAACCUACGGUAACCCAAGGGGAUGAAUGUCCUUGAAUACUCCUGCAAAUGGCCCCACACGUUCAAGCUGUAGAAGAAAUCUUAGGUUAUCACCUGCAUGUGAUUCAUAAUGACCAGGGAGAAGUUUCCAAAAGAAGAGAGUACCAAUCACAGGGUUUCAAUGUCAAAGCCAUAAUUUCUCUAUGGGCAAGAUCUGUUACGUUUUAACAAAGUAUUACUCUUUCUUGGGAUGAGUGCAUGAAGUAGUGAAUGAAUGAAUGAAUGAAUGCCAUUUACCUUAUGGAAGGUUUCUGAGCCCAACAUUUUAUUACCAAUUCCAGUGUUUUUUUCCUUAACAUAUUGAUAACUAGAAGGGAACUACCAUCCACGCUAAGAACUGGGAGCCUUUGGAGCCUUUUUUAGGAGACUGCAGCAUCAGCCUCUCCCUAAAAGACCAACCCUGACCACUACGCCCACCCGCCACAGCAACCUGGAGCUCACUGCCCGUUGAGGAGGCGGCUCAUCCUGUCUUUGGAAAGCUCUCUCCUUUCUCCGUAAAUCCCACCAGUGUACGUGGGGAACAAGCCUGUUCCCCUCUUUGCACAGCAGCCCUUCAAGCACUUGGAGUUUAUGUCCCUUCUUUAAGAUCAA